GCCCGGGUGUUGAACAAUCAAUCGCCGUUCCUCUUCCAUCGUCUAAUUCGGCACCGUGGUGAACGUGUCAUUCUUUUCUCGUGUGCGCCUGAUUUGCUGUGUUGAGCGGUUGAUUCCUGUUUCAGCGCGCUGUUGAUUACCCCGCCAUCUCUCCCCUCCGACUGGGAAACACGACCAACGACUUGCAUCCGAAACAUCAUCUUCGACCCCUUACCUCUACUUCCUUUACGGUUUUUCUAUACAUCAUCAGAAUGGCGUCUGAACAACCUGAGGCCGGUUCUCUUGCGGACCGCAUCACCAAGCCGGAGGAAUCUGCCCCUGCUGAAGCUCCCGAACAGACCGAAGACAUCCCUCAGACCGAUGGUGCCGCCGCUCAGCAGGGUGGCUCCGAUCUCCAUGAGCCUGACUACACCGUUGAAGUCAAGCUCAGCGAUCUCCAGGCCGACCCGAAUAACCCCCUUUUCUCCGUAAAGAACUUUGAAGAUCUCGGCCUGGACCCCCGUAUCCUCCAGGGAUUGUCGGCAAUGAACUUCCGGAAACCCUCCAAGAUCCAAGAGAGAGCCCUCCCGCUGCUACUUGGCAACCCCGCCAAGAAUCUGGUCGGUCAGUCUCAGUCCGGUACUGGAAAGACUGCGGCCUUCGUCCUGAACAUCCUCAGUCGAUUGGACCUCUCGUCGGAGCAGUUGCAAAAGACCCCCCAGGCGUUGAUCCUGGCCCCCACACGAGAGCUGGCUCGUCAGAUUGUUGGUGUCAUUCAAGUUAUGGGCCAGUUCCUUGAUGGGCUCGUUAUUGGUACCGCUGUGCCGGCAGAUACCGGCGCACGCCCGGCCAAGAUGGAGUGCUCCGUCGUUGUGGGUACUCCUGGUACUGUUAUGGACAUGAUUAAGAGGCGCAUCAUGAUUGCGAACAAGCUCCGCGUGCUUGUUCUCGACGAAGCCGACAACAUGCUGGACCAGCAAGGUCUGGGUGACCAGUGUAUCCGUGUGAAGGCUUUGUUGCCUAGGGAUAUCCAGGUCGUCCUCUUUUCCGCUACCUUCCCUGCUCACGUCCACGAAUAUGCGUCCAAGUUCGCUCCUCAGGCCAACGAGAUUACCCUCCAGCACGAGGAGUUGACCGUCGAGGGUAUCAAGCAGCUGUACCUGGACUGCUCGAAUGACGAGGACAAGUACCAGACCCUUGUCAACCUCUACGGUCUGCUCACCGUCGGCUCGUCCAUCAUCUUCGUUAAGACCCGUGCUUCGGCCCAGGAGAUCGAAAAGCGCAUGGUUGCCGAGGGUCACACCGUGGCAUCUCUUACCGGUGGCAUUGAGGGUUCGCAGCGUGAUGCAGUCAUUGACCAAUUCCGUGCCGGACACGCGAAGGUCUUGAUUACGACCAACGUGCUUGCCCGAGGUAUUGAUGUCUCGACUGUGUCCAUGGUUAUCAACUACGAUAUCCCUGAGAUCCACCAACCCGGCGCCCGUCAACGACAGGCCGACUUCCAGACCUACCUGCACCGUAUUGGCCGUACGGGACGUUUCGGCCGCGUGGGUGUAUCCAUAUCCUUUGUGUCCAACCGGGAAGAGUGGGAGAUGCUCAACCAGAUUCAGAGAUACUUCAACACCAACAUCCAGCGGAUUGACACCAAGGACUGGGACGAGGUGGAGGAGAUUAUCAAGAAGACGAUCAAGAGCUCGCGUGCUCAGCUCGGCUUCCGGUAGAGCGAGUCCGACACAUCCUCGAUGCGACGCUGCUGUCCGAUGGCGGUCGCUCAAUCGUGUCGAUUGGAAGCGAUUGGAUUAAGAUAUGACUAUGGUUGAAAUGUGGAUUGCUUAUGAAGAGUUAUGAGGAUUUCUUUGUGUUCAAAUGAAAGUCAGAUUAAUAGAUACCAGUCGAAUGCUCAUUCCAUGGGUGUUUUUGUGGCUUUGGG